UGUAUUUAUCAUGACUUCUUUAUACAACUUUACAGUUAAAACCAUCAAAAACACGGAUUGGGAUUUAAGCUCACUCAAGGGAAAGGUCGUUCUUAUUGUCAACGUAGCUUCCAAGUGUGGGUUUGCCAGCCAAUACACAGGUUUGGAAAAGCUUUACACCACCUAUAAAGACAAGGGUUUCGAAGUCAUCGGAGCCCCUUGCAACCAAUUCCUAAAUCAAGAACCUGGAGAGCCAGAGGAAAUUGAAAAAGCUGUCAGAACCAAAUAUGGUGCUACUUUCCCACUUCUUGCUAAACUUGACGUGAAUGGAGAAAAUGAAUCACCUUUGUACAAGUUUUUAAAGGAAUCAAAACCGGGAAUUUUCAAUUUACACGUCGUCAAAUGGAAUUUUGAGAAAUUUUUGAUUGACAAGGAAGGACAGGUUUACAAACGCUACUCUUCAAAGACUGAACCUUCUGAAAUCGCAAAAGAUAUCGAAGAUUUGUUAAAGAAGUAGUUGUUAACGUGCGGAAUAGGAUUAUAAAUAGCAAUAAAAGUUACACAUACUCUUUC